UCAAGGCGGAAGUCCAGUGUAAUCAUUUUUCACACGAACAUGGCAGCGGCGCUAUCAGGAGAAGGCGAUGCGGGCCCUGACCAAAUAUUAGAAGUAGGAGCUGUGCUGCUGAAGGAUUUCAUUUAUGAGCGAGUUCGUCGUCAUGGGGACAGCGGCACCGUUGUAUCACGGCACGAACUGGGCGGGAGCGAGCUCUGCGACCCCACCCAUAAAAAACUCGCUCAGUGCUUACAGCAAAUUGGAGACGAGUUGGACAACAACGUAGACCUACAGAGAAUGUUAGCCGACUCAGCUCUCCAGCCAACUAAAGAAGUGUUUGUGAAGGUGGCGCGCGAGAUUUUCUCGGAUGGGAAGUUUAACUGGGGCAGAGUGGUGGCGCUUUUCUACUUUGCUUGUCGACUUGUGAUCAAGGCUCUCCUGACGAAAAUUCCAGACAUCAUCAGAACCAUCAUCAACUGGACUCUGGACUACCUGCGGGAACAUGUGAUUAAUUGGAUUAGGGAACAGGGAGGCUGGGAGGGGAUCCGGUCCUACUUUGGCACACCGACCUGGCAGACCGUCGGCGUCUUUCUGGCUGGAGUUCUCACCACUGUCUUGGUCAUGCGCAAGAUGUGAAGAGAAAAAAAGAGAGGAAAAAAACCCGAGAGAGCAAGGCAAGAAAAGAGAGAGGACUGAAAGAGGGAGCGAGAGAGCUGACUGAAAGGGAACAGAGAGAUUGCGAGACAGAGAAAGGCAAUAAGAGGCAGAUCCAUUGCUAUGUGAACGGAGAGAGAGAUUCGACUGAGAUCGGAUAAUAGAGAGAGCCAAGCAUGAUGUUUAAUCGCUCCACUUCGUGACUUUUGAGCCUAUUUCCUUUCUCGUCAAUAUAUAUAUACACACACACAUGCACUGAAAAAAGGAAAUAAACAGAGAAAGACGUGUGAAAGGAUGUGUGAGAGGAGAUGGUGUUGGGCCUUACUUUUAAGUUAUUUAUUUUUUGUCAUCGGGCAAAUUCAACAGUAAUUGCCUUUGUCUUUAUACAUGGACAAGAUUAGAUGUUUAGAUUAGACUUUUGAAGGAUUUGACAGACUCUUCCUGUACUAGGAAAUGAUCUGCAUGUCUACUUGAAUCGUUCUCCUCUUGCAGUGAACACAUAGAGAGAAUUGCACAUACUUACUACUUUCAAAGGGUUUAUAAAGGCUUUAUAAGCAUGCCAUCGAUAUUUUACCUCAUUAAUGUCUGCUUUUUUUAAAUGUUAUCUAAAGUUGUAGCCGUUAGCAGUAGGUUCAGGAGGUACUCUGCUCUGUCUCCCUCUGUUCUUUCUCUCUUUCCUUCCUUUCAUCUCAACACCCAGAUUGUCCUACUAGUGAGUGAGCGUGUGUGCGUGUGUGUGCGUGUGUGUGCGUGUGUGUGCGUGUGUGUGCGUGUGUGUGCGUGUGUGUGUGUAUGUGUGUGUAUGUGUGUGUGGGGACACGGUUGUGAUUUUGGUGCUGAAGUCAUAUGCAGAGGCACAAUGGGGGGUUCGCAGCUUUGACUGAGAAUAAGAGUUCAUGUUUCUGACAAUCUGAUAAUGCAGGGAGUUUAUUUGAGUCCUGAUCGGGUUCUUUACCAGUUUCUCACAGAUAUGAGCCAGUUACUGUGUAGUGUGCUCGGACCCGGAAUAGGACCCAAAAAAAUGCUCGAACUAACAGUCAUCCAGGACUUUAUAUA